CGGGGGUUCCAGCAUGGGGCAAGAAUCUUCUGCCAGCCUGCAGCUGGGGGCUCACCCUCUUCCCCAAACAGGCGGUAAUGAGGCUGUCGGUGGGAGAAGACGGUAAAUUCUGGGAGCUCCAGGCUCCACUAUUACUUCUGCCUUCUUCAGUCCUCACUGGAAUUCCUCCAGGCCUGGGUGAAGUGAUGGAGGCGGGGGCUGGUGUCCCAGCUUGGGGCAGAGGAGGGACCCCACCCCCAAUCACCUGAGACCGCUCCGAACUACAACUCCCACAAUGCACUGGGCCAUCCGGCUCCUCUGCCAAGAGGCCGCUGGUUGCAGAGCGUCAUGGGAGUUGUAGUCAAGACUGGCCCUGAUGGGAGGGGCAUGGAGUCCGGGAGCCAGGGGCUUGAAGUGGGGACGCCAGCCCAGCCUUCUGCCCGCAGAUGGAUUCGCCCUGGGCCGGGCCCCUCUGGCUCCUCCCUACGCCGUGGUCCUCAUUUCCUGCUCGGGUCUACUGGCCUUCAUCUUCCUCCUCCUCACCUGUCUGUGCUGCAAACGGGGCGAUGUUGGCUUCAAGGAGUUUGAGAACCCUGAAGGGGAGGAUUGCUCCGGGGAGUACACUCCCCCGGCGGAGGAGACCUCCUCCUCACAGUCGCUGCCUGAUGUCUACAUCCUACCACUGGCCGAGGUCUCCCUGCCCAUGCCUGCCCCGCAGCCUUCACACUCAGACAUGACCACUCCCCUGGGCCUUAGCCGCCAGCACCUCAGCUACCUACAAGAGAUUGGGAGUGGCUGGUUUGGAAAGGUGAUCCUGGGAGAGAUUUUCUCAGACUACACCCCAGCCCAGGUGGUGGUGAAGGAGCUCCGUGCCAGCGCAGGGCCCCUGGAGCAGCGCAAGUUCAUCUCAGAAGCACAGCCCUACAGGAGCCUGCAGCACCCCAACGUCCUCCAGUGCCUAGGCGUCUGCGUGGAGACCCUGCCUUUUCUUCUGAUCAUGGAGUUCUGUCAACUGGGGGACCUGAAGCGUUACCUCCGGGCCCAGCGGCCCCCGGAGGGCCUGUCCCCUGAGCUGCCCCCUCGAGACCUUCGGACACUGCAGAGAAUGGGCCUGGAGAUUGCCCGAGGGCUGGCGCAUCUCCACUCCCACAACUACGUGCACAGCGACUUGGCCCUGCGCAACUGCCUGUUGACCUCUGACCUCACCGUGCGCAUCGGAGAUUACGGGCUGGCCCAUAGCAACUACAAGGAGGACUACUACCUGACCCCCGAGCGCCUGUGGAUCCCGCUGCGCUGGGCGGCGCCGGAGCUGCUGGGGGAGCUGCACGGGACCUUCAUGGUGGUGGACCAGAGCCGGGAAAGCAACAUCUGGUCCCUGGGGGUGACUCUGUGGGAGCUGUUUGAGUUUGGGGCACAGCCCUACCGCCACCUGUCAGACGAGGAGGUCCUUGCCUUCGUGGUCCGCCAGCAGCAUGUCAAGCUGGCCCGGCCUAGGCUCAAGCUGCCCUAUGCGGACUAUUGGUACGAUAUUCUGCAGUCCUGCUGGCGGCCGCCUGCCCAGCGCCCCUCAGCCUCUGAUCUCCAGCUGCAGCUCACCUGGCCCUGGCCCGCCACCCACAGCGCACCCCGCCCAGGGACCCUCUCCUCGCAGUUCCCCCUUUUGGAUGGCUUCCCUGGGGCUGACCCUGACGAUGUGCUCACGGUCACCGAGAGCAGCCGUGGCCUCAACCUUGAGUGCCUGUGGGAGAAGGCGCGGCGGGGAGCUGGCCGGGGUGGGGGGGCGCCACCCUGGCAGCCGCCGGCAUCUGCGCCCCCGGCCCCCCAUGCCAACCCCUCCAACCCUUUCUACGAGGCGCUGUCCACGCCCAGCGUGCUGCCGGUCAUCAGCGCCCGCAGCCCCUCUGUGAGCAGCGAGUAUUACAUCCGCCUGGAGGAGCAUGGCUCCCCACCCGAGCCCCUCUUCCCCAAUGACUGGGACCCCCUGGACACAGGAGUGCCUGCCCCUCAGGCCCCUCAGGCCCCCUCCGAGGUCCCCCAGCUGGUGUCCGAGACCUGGGCCUCCCCCCUCUUCCCCGCGCCCCGGCCCUUCCCGGCCCAGUCCUCAGCGUCAGGCAGCUUCCUCCUGAGUGGCUGGGACCCGGAGGGCCGGGGCGCCGGGGAGACCCUGGCUGGAGACCCUGCCGAGGUGCUGGGGGAGCGGGGGACCACAUGGGCCGAAGAGGAGGAGGAGGAGGAGGAGGGCAGCUCCCCAGGAGAGGACAGCAGCAGCCUUGGGGGUGGCCCCAGCCGCCGGAGCCACCUACCUUGUCCCCUGUGCAGCCGCGAGGGGGCCUGCUCCUGCUUGCCCCUGGAGCGGGGGGAUGCCGUCGCUGGCUGGGGGGGCCACCCUGCUCUUGGCUGUCCCCAUCCCCCCGAGGACGACUCGUCCCUGAGGGCAGAGCGGGGCUCCCUGGCCGACCUGCCCAUGGCCCCCCCCUCCUCGGCCCCCCCCGAGUUUCUGGACCCCCCCGACCCAGGAGCGCCCCGGCCGCCCCCAGACCCGGGUCCCCUCCCACUUCCGGGGACCCGGGAGAAGCCAACCUUCGUAGUUCAAGUGAGCACCGAGCAGCUGCUGAUGUCCCUGCGGGAGGACGUGACAAGGAACCUCCUGGGGCAGAAGGCGACAACCCCCCGAGAGAUGGGGCUCAGGAAGGCAGGGAGAAGCCCCGGGAACAGAGAGAAAGCCCCGGGCCCGAGCAGGGACCCCACAGUCCUGGGCAGCGGGAAGAAAGCCUCAAGCCUGAACGAGGACAUGAGCCUCCCCGUGAACGGGGUGACAGUGUUGGAGAACGGGGGACAGACAGCCCCAGGCAUCGAGGAGAAGGUGGCAGAGAAUGGGGGCCCGGGGUUCCCGGAGAGAGAAGAGAAAGUGCUGGAGAAUGGGGAGCUGACCCCCCCAAGGAAGGAGGAGACAGUGUUGGAGAAUGGGGAGCUGAGGUCCCCAGAGAGAGAAGAGACAGUGCUGGAGAAUGGGGGAUUGAUACCCCCAAAGACGGAGGAGACGGUGUCAGAGAAUGGGGGCCCGAGACACUCCAGGAACACAGAGAGGCUGCCAGAGACUGGGCCUUGGAGAGCCCCAGGGCCCUGGGAGAAGAUGCCCGAGAGUGGGGGUCCAGCCCCCACGAUAGGGGAGCCAGCCCCAGAGACCUUGCUGGAGAGAGCCCUCACAGCCGGCGCAGUGGCCUUGCCCCAGAACGGCGGGGAGACAGCCCCUGGCCCCACUGGCCAAGUCCCCAGGAGCGGGGGGCUGGAACUGGGGACCAAGAGGAGAGUCCCCGAGAUUGGGGGGGCACUGAGAGCCCCCGGGGCUGGGAGGCUGGACCUCGGGAGUGGGGGCCGAGCCCCAGUGGGCAUGGGGAUGGCCCCCGGCGGCGGCCUCGGAAGCGGCGUGGACGCAAAGGCAGGAUGGGCAGACAGCACGAGGCCACAGCCGCCGCCACCUCUGCCACCCCCGGAAGCGCAGCCGAGGAGGCCGGAGCCAGUGCCCCAGAGAGCCAGGCCGGAGGUGGCCCCCGAGGGCGAGUCCGGGGUCCCAGACAGCAGGGCCGGCGGAGACCCGGCACCCAGCGGAGACGGGGACCCCCCCAAACCCGAGAGGAAGGGCCCCGAGAUGCCACGACUAUUCUUGGACUUGGGACCUCCUCAGGGGAACAGCGAGCAGAUCAAAGCCAAGCUCUCGCGGCUCUCGCUGGCGCUGCCUCCGCUCACGCUCACGCCGUUCCCGGGGCCGGGCCCGCGGCGGCCCCCGUGGGAGGGAGGCAGUUUCGAAUGGGCGGAGGAUUUCCCCCUCCUCCCCCCGCCAGGGCCCCCCCUGUGCUUCUCCCGCUUCUCCGUCUCGCCUGCGCUGGAGACCCCGGGGCCCCCCACCCGGGCCCCCGACGCCAGGCCCGCAGGCCCCGUGGAGAACUGACCCCUCGAAGACCCGACCCCCCUGCUCCCCCAGAAGAGGGGUUGAGAAUAGAAUCCUCUGUGGACGAGGGAGCCACUGCCACCACCACAGACACCGCCUCUGGGGAGGCCCCUGAGGCUGGGCCCUCCUCCUCUCCCACCAUGUGCCAAACG